AUGAGAGGAAACCCAGCUGAAAAAGACAGAAAUCGAGAGACUAAAAAUUGCAAGGCUAAUUCUGAAGGCUCCAACGGGCACGGCAAGAGAAACGUCUAUGAUGGACUUGGGAUGGUUAAGCCUGAGAAGUCAUAUGAGGAAGAGGAUUAUGGGCUUCAGAUGAAGGGUCUAUACGUCGAUGAAUGAAAUCACUGCGAGACUAAGCGAGAUAGGCUGGAGGGACGGCCUACCCUGGGAAAGGAGGUGCAGCAAGGUCUUGGAAGAUCUGGGUAUACGAUGCUAUGAGGACUGUGAGAAGAUGGUUGAGUGUGGGCAGAAGAAUUGAAGCAGGAUUGUGGAUAG